AUGGCCGCAAUGUUCAAUCCUCCUCCGGCUCCGAUGGCUCUUGGGCCGCAGCCGACGUGGAUGCCCUACGAGCCGACGAGGGAUUGCUCCCAGGGCCUGUGCAGCAUGUACUGCCCGCAGUGGUGCUACUUCAUCUUCCCGCCCCCGCCGCCGGUCUUCGACAUCGCCGGCCCCAGCGGCGACGGCGACGACUCCUCCGGCCCCGCCUUCUCGCCCCUCGUCAUCGCCAUCAUAGGGGUGCUCGCCAGCGCCUUCCUCCUCGUCAGCUACUACACCAUCAUCUCCAAGUACUGCGGCACCUUCAGCUCCCUGCGGAACAGACUCUUUGGCCCCGGCGCCGGCCGCGGCGGGGGUGGCGGGGGCGGCGGCGACGGCCGCGGCGAUUCCAGGGGCCAGGAGGAGUGGGAGGUCGCGCCGUCGGACGGGAUGGACGAGACGCUGAUCAGCAAGAUCACCGUGUGCAAGUACAAGCGCGGCGACGGGUUCGUCGACUCCACCGACUGCUCCGUCUGCCUGGGCGAGUUCCGGGACGGCGAGAGCCUGCGGCUGCUGCCCAAGUGCAGCCACGCCUUCCACCUGCCGUGCAUCGACACCUGGCUCAAGUCGCACUCCAACUGCCCGCUCUGCCGCUGCAACAUCGCCUUCGUCGCCGUCGGCAUGGUUUCGCCGGAGCCGGAGGGCCGUGCUGCGCCUGCGCCACGGGAGGACCGGAGAGGCAGCCAAGAAUUCGCUCUGACGAUCGACGACUACUCCUCCGGGCAAGCGCGCGAAGAGCCACAGACCGUGCCGAGCAGCAACGGCGGCGACAAUCAGGAGGCUAAGGAUCGCCCGGGGAGAUCCGAGGCGGCCAAUGGCGUAGUGGUCGAGAUCAGAGAGGACGGCGCCGCCCCGCCGGCUCCGGCCAGGGCGCCGCCGUCGAUGCCGGACACGCAGCGUGAAGCCCGCAUGUCCAUUGCCGACGUGCUGCAGGCCAGCCCAGAAGACGAGCGUACGGUGGCCAGGGAGGGCGGCCUCCCGCAGGCAGGCUCCUCGAGGCGGUGCCACGGGGAGCACAGCAAGGACGGCGGCGGCCGAGCAGCGCCGGAUGCACCGACGAAGAAGCUGCCGCCGGCUGGCAGGUCGUGCUUCAGCGGCAAGGGUGGCGGAAGAGGGAAGGAUCCAGGCCCUCCAGUGUGA